AUGGAAGUGAGCAAUAACAGCAGAGUCGAAGAAUUCAUUCUCCUUGGGUUUCCUGCUACUCCUCACUUGCAGAUCCUCUUCUUUGCAUUGUUUCUCAUGGCCUAUGUCAUAGUUCUAGCAGAAAACACUGUCAUCAUCCUGGCUAUCUGGACAAGCUAUAGCCUCCACACUCCCAUGUACUUCUUUCUGAGCAAUUUGUCCUUCCUGGAAAUCUGGUACGUAACGGUAACAGUCCCCAGGACAAUGCUCAGCUUCGUGUCCCAAAGAAAACACAUCUCCUUCGUGGGAUGCAUGACCCAGUUGUAUUUCUUUCUUGGCUUGGGCAACACCGAGUGCCUUCUGCUGGCAGUCAUGGCCUAUGAUCGUUACGUUGCUAUUUGUAAGCCUUUCCAUUACUCCGUGAUUAUAAGCCACUCUGUCUGCGUCUACCUUACCACAGGAUCUUGGUUGUCUGGGUUUUUCAUUUCUGCGUGCAAGGUGUAUUUUAUCUCUCAGAUAACAUACUGUGGACCCAAUAUAAUCCAUCACUUCUUCUGUGAUGUUUCUCCUCUCUUGAACUUAGCCUGCACAGACACGGAAAGAGCUGCCCAUAUCGAUUUUGUGGCUGCCCUAUUUAUUCUCCUGAUCCCUCUGCUUGUAGUAAUCCUAUCUUAUGCAUAUAUAAUCUUCACCGUCCUUCACAUUUCCUCUGUACGAACCUGCCAAAAAGCCUUCUCCACCUGUGCCACUCACCUUAUCGUGGUCAUUGUCUUCUAUGCCACAAGCAUUUUCAUCUACGUGAGGCCCAAAGCACUUCCAGACCACAACGCAAACACAAUUGUGUCCACUUUCUACGCUGUCGUCGUUCCUGUCUUCAAUCCCAUCAUAUACUGCCUGAGGAACCAGGAAAUCAAGGAUGCGCUAAGAAAGACCUUGCUCAGCAAAAGGUUUUCUUUGCAGAAACGUCAGCAUUUGUAG